AUGACUUCCCAUGACAUGGAUCAGUCCAUCAGUAAAGACAAUGACAUUGAGAUAAUCAAGCGGGAAGAGCCCGAAAAGCCACAAAAUGACCACCAGCGGCUUCCUGAUGUUGUAGAUACCCCGACAUUACUCCAAUCGUUUGAUCUUCCCACUCCUCUGCCGGGAAACACAGAUCUUUUUGGUGAUUUAGAUCAUCUGAAGUCCAACGGAGACUUCCUAUCUCCGAAUCUUGGAGCCCUUUCUGAGUUUGGCAAUGGCAUGGAUGCCACCCAGCCGAACGAUGUCGAUCACAACUACUCGGGGCCCUCACAAGAUAUGCCAAUCCAUUACCUCCAUUACCUCCACUUACAGAGCCGGUGA